CAUAGUGGCCAGAAAGGCUAAAGUUAUGGGACUCCAACUUUUUAUGUGAAAGCCAUUUUCACAGAACUCUAACAAACUCCAAAUUGCUCUAUCGCUCCUUUACUCCAUUCUCAUCAUCAAUUAUCACUAGUAAAUAAAAUUCAUCUGGUUCGAUCUCGACAUCUUAAUUUUCGAGAUUGAACAUUUUCUUGGCUCCUUCGGCGAUUACGCGCCGACAAUGGCCUUUGCCUCUUCAGAAACCACCCUAUUCGGCAAAUACGAGUUAGGAAAACUCCUCGGAUGUGGCGCAUUCGCCAAAGUGUACCACGCUAGGGACAUCAAAGAUGGCCGAAGCGUGGCGAUUAAAAUCAUCAACAAGACAAGAAUUAACACCAAUCCCGCGCUGAAGUCCAACAUCAAGCGCGAGAUCUCAAUCAUGCGGCGUCUACGACACCCGCACAUUGUCAAACUCGAUGAAGUAUUGGCGACCAAGACGAAGAUCUACUUCGUCAUGGAAUUCGUCAAGGGCGGCGAAUUGUUCGCGAAAAUCGCCAAGGAUGGAAAAUUCAGCGAGGAAAAAAGUCGGAAAAUUUUCCAGCAACUCAUCUCCGCCGUCCGUUACUGUCAUUCACGCGGCGUCUACCACCGUGAUUUGAAACCUGAAAACUUAUUGAUUGAUGAAAAUGGCGAUUUGAAAGUGUCCGAUUUUGGACUCAGUGCGUUAACGGAACAAGUUCAACAAGACGGGUUGUUACACACGCUUUGUGGGACCCCUUCUUACGUGGCACCAGAUAUUCUAACAAAGAAAGGAUAUGAUGGAGCUAAGGUAGACAUAUGGACAUGUGGAAUCAUCUUGUUUGUAUUGAAUGCUGGAUAUUUGCCAUUCCAUGAUUCAAAUCUCAUGGGGAUGUACCAAAAAAUAUGCAAUGGACAAUUCAAGUGUCCUAAAUGGAUGUCAUCUGAUUUAAAACGAUUUUUAUCUCGACUUCUUGAUACAAAUCCUAUAACAAGAAUAACAAUCGAAGAAAUCAUCAAAGAUCCUUGGUUCAAGAAGGGCUUGAAACGCGUUAAAUUUUGCGAGGAAGAUGGUCAGCCUCAGAAACAUAUUCAGAAUUUAAAUUUAACGAGUCCAUCCAGCUCUGAUGAGCCUAGCAAGGAAAUAGAAGAGGUUAAGGAGGGAGAAGACAAGAGUUCUUAUUUGAAUGCUUUUGAUAUUAUCUCAUUCUCUUUAGGAUUAAACCUCUCAGGAUUGUUAAACGAUGAAUGCAAUCCGUUGGAGGAUUCAGAACGGUUAAUCGUGGAAGAGUCGGAUGAGACGGUAAUAGAGAGAGUGGAGGAGAUGGCGAAGACGGAGAAUAUCAGGUUGAAGAAGAAAAAAGAAUGGGUGAUGGAGAUGAAAAAAGGUAAAUUGAUCAUGAACGUGGAAAUUUACAGAGUGACGGAUGGUUUUGUAGUUGUGGAGGUUCGAAGAAAAGUUGGAGAAAUUGAUAUGUAUAAAGAGCUAUGGAAGAAUAAAAUUAAGCCAAUAAUUCUAGGCCAAGAACCAGCAGAGGUUUUGGCUUAAAUUUUUGUUUUGGUUAUACAUGAUUUAGAAGAUAUUCAAAAAGAAAACUAUACAACUUAGUGUGUGAUUUGUACAUAAAUUUUAAAGGAAAAGAAGGAUGUGUAAAGGGAAGUUGUUAUCACUUACCCAUACUGUUAGUUACUAAUUCUUUUUUUUUUUUUAAAUGUGGUUUGAGAAUUUUGUUGUGAGGAAAUAAAAUUGCACUCGAGAUGCGAGUGUAUUUGUUUUUUUGAGUUUUA